CUUCCGGGCUAGUUUGCGUGCUGAGAACGUAUUUUUAUCUUUCUGCGUUAUUUAAUCAGUUUUGACACGGACCUAUUUACCUAUAGGUCCAUGGUUUUGACAAUAAUUGUACAACAGAUAUAUACACAAGUAGCUGAACCACUAUUUUAUGAGUUUUCCUGUUAUUUUUCUGCAACGUGCACACAUUGACAUCGGAACAUACAGAAAGCAACACAACCAACAAAAUGUCAGAACAAUUUGAUGUUGAGAGUUUUAGAAACCCCAAUGAGAGCACUACAGAAUGGAAAUUGCGGCGUCAGUUCCUGUUGGCUCACAAUGACAAGCUUGAACCUGACAGACUCGUUUGCCUUGCCAACUGCUAUGUGAAUGUGGAGAUCUAUGGAUGCACGUAUCCUGAUGAGACAAUGGCUGAACUGAGGGAGCUUGUUGGUCAGCUUUAAAUAUUUGUACUGAUAAACCAACCGAAAUGAAUUAUUAUGAACAGUUUUAUGAUGAUCUUGAAUUUGAAGAAGACCCUAAUUACCGUGGCAACCGUCACUGGGGUGACCCCUAUUAUGAUGAACCUUAUUAUGAUGAAAUGGACAGACAUUAUGGGAGUCCUCGAAAUAGAGGCAGACGAAGGGGUCAGCAUUAUCCUGGUGACCCCUAUGAAAGGGGUCCAAGAAUGGGUCAUUUGGUUGACGACCCUCAAGCUUUGCAAGAAAUGGGGCCACAGUUUCAAGGCGUGGAGCCUGGGCCAAGUGAACAAUGUCAUAAUAGGGGUCAGUUUGGUGGUAGGGAUUUUCAUGAGUGGAAUGUAGAACAUGAUAAUCAGAGAGGUCAGAGGGGAAGAGGUCGUGGAAGGGGAAAUAAUAAUCAAUUUGAAAAGGGUCCGGGGUUAAAUAGCGGUGGGAGGGGAGGAAAUAUGACCAGAUGUUCUAGAGGAAAGGGUCUAGCUAGGGGAAGAGGGCAUAAAAGGAGUGGGAUUUUGGGUUUGAAUUUUGUUAAAGAAGGUGAAAGUUUAAGUGGCAGCAAUAGUGGCAUGAAUAAAGCAACAGAAAAUAUAAAUCUAGACAAACACAAAGGGAAUGAUGCAAAACAAGAAAGUGGUGGUAGCAGUGACACUAUUAGAUUUAAUUACAAGGCAUAUCAGAAUAAACAAACUGAUACGGAAAAAGAGGUUGAACAAGCUCUAAAGGCUUAUCGAGUUCAACUUGGCCAUGGUUACGGAUAUGGUACACGGUCCGACCUUAUUGAUGGAACCCCAGAAGCUACAUGGGUUAAUUUGGAAGAACCUGAGAUGGUUCCAAUGGCAGAGCAAUGUGAGAUUCUGGUUGCAAAAUCCGAACAUUGCAAAGAUACCAAAAAAGCAGCCAUAAUAGAGCCUCCUAAAAAUGCUGUGAAAACAGCUAUUGUUAAGACUGGUUUCAACUUUGUGAAAGCUAAGGCAGAAUUUAAAAGUACUGACGUUGCAUUUCAUGAGACAGUUGAAGUUAAGCCUAAGCCUAACAUGUUAAGUGUUAAUAUGGGGAAUAAAAGAGUUGGCUUAGGUUUUGGUGUAAGUACUAGUUCCCUUUCUAAUCCCUCGACUGAUAUUUCGGAACAGUUUCAUGCCGGCAUGAAAGGAGGAAGGAAUGCAGUUUUUGAUUCCAAGUUUGCUAGUCUACAACAAGCAGUAAAAUUGAAAUAUCAGCCAAACAAUAAUGGCAUAGAAACAUUACAUAUGGCAAUACAGAAGGUGAAAAUUGACUUCACUGAUGAUAUCAGACCUCAUGGUAGAACAGCCAGUGGUCAGACUCUGUUUAUGUGUAAACUUGAAAUAGCGGGAGUAAAUAUUGCACAAGGUCAGGCUACUCAGAAGAAGGCUGCAAAACAUGAAGCUUACAAAAAUGCUGUGGAACUCUUCUUGAAAGACAAUUUAACUGUGAAGGAAAAUUCUAAGGGUGUGUUUGAACUUAAAGAGAAAGGCACUGAUUCAGUAUUUAAAAUUCCGGCUGGUCCACAUUUGAUUCCGCCAACUCCUAUAAUGCAGGCUCAUCAAACCCAGUCUAAACAUAAUACACAGUCGAUUGCAGGUAACCAAUCUACAUUUGUAAAAUCAAGUCAGAAGCCUGGAGCAACAAACAACAAACCUGGUAUCUCUCAAGCUCAUAGUCAGGUGGACAAAACUGCAUCUUUUGCUUCAUCAAUUCCUGUAAAGCCUAAGAUAGUCUUUCACAAAGCCAAUCAUCCAUUGUCUGAUAAAUCUCUGCAGUUUAAGAAGCCUGGUACACCUGUUAGUCAAACUGUUCAACAUGCAGAAGCCUUGGCUGACCAGUUGCUUAACAUAGCUAGAGAAAGCGACAAUGAUGCUGAAAAACAAAAACAAGACAAGAGUAGGUCAAUUGCAAAGGAAAUAGAUAAAGGUAAGAUUGUAAUUGCAACUGCAAACAGAAUUGGUGCUAGUAAUGUUAACAAAAACACAAGUGUUCAAGUAAGAAGUCCUGAAAUCAAUGUAGAAUUGGCAAACACGCAAUUUAAAAGUGAAGAUGACAUUUCAGCUAUUCAACAGGAAUCUGUUAAACCAAGUUUCCCUGUUCAAAAGGUUAUAGUUAACAAAGGUGAUGCAGCAAAACCCACUGUUGUAAAACCACAUACUGGGCCUAUUCCUUCUUUCAUGCCUAGACAGACAUUUGUGAAACCAAAUGAUGGUCAGAAACCAGAGGAGGAAAAUCAAACUGAAGAAAAUUCUGUCAUUGAUAAAGAUAAAGUUGCACCAUCAUGUGAAUCAACUGCAGAAUCUUCUGGAAAGAAGAAAUUUCCAAUGCAAUCAUUUGUUAAGUCGAGCAAUGAAAGUAAUAUAUUAGACAAUACUGCCAGAUCAGAAGACCACAAAUGUAAGCAGGGCAUAGAUGCCUCUGUAGGUAAAGGGUCUGAUAGAACAGAGACACUAAUUAAGAGACAAACAUUUGUGAAAGGAAGUGAAGAAGGUCAUUGCACACUCCCCACUGUCUCAUUUAAGCCUUACCUUUUGAACCCACCCCCAAAAUAUAAUACUGGGGGUCGUCUCCAAAGUAUUGUUUCUGUUGUAAGUCAAGGGAACAAGAAUGUAACCAGAAAACGACCAAUUGACUCCCCUUUGACCUCUGGUCCUAAACUUAAGACUAGAAAAGUAGGAAACAGUUUUAUGCAUGAGUUGGAUGAUUUAUCUCAGUUCAUUAUAAUAGAUUCAGGAUUGACCAAUGAUCUCUCAAUUUUACACAACAGUGCUAAUUUUAACAAGGUUGUGUUAAAAGUUGAGUAUGAGCCAACAUCAAAUGGAUCUAAUUGCAGCUUUAUAGUGUCUGGUCAUGCUGUUGCGACUGCCCAUGGUGUCACUAAGGAAGAGGCUAAGAACAAUGCAGCAAAAGCUACGUUGGAUGAACUAAGAGAAAUGUGUUAUACAAUUAAAGUGAAACAAAGUGUGGACUCGGAUGCUGGAGGUCUAACAAAGGAACAACUGAUGAGUGAUAUAGAGCAAGGUACAGAAAUGUUGCCAGAUAGCAAUGUGGGUAAUAUGUUGCUCAGAAAGAUGGGUUGGGUUGGGGGAGGGGUAGGUAAAAAAGGUCAAGGUCAAGCGGAGCCUGUGAAGGCGGAAAUGGUCAUUGGAAGACAGGGACUUGGGCUGAAAGCUUCAAGAGGUAUUGGGAAGGAAUUCAACAGAAAAGUGUCAACAAUGCUGGAAGAUUAUUUAAAAAAUGAUGAACAAAAGGAUUUACACUUUUCAUCAGAAUUGUCUAAAGAGGAACGAGCAACAAUUCACCAGAUUGGUCAAAAGAUGGGCCUUAAAACGAACAGCAAAGGGAAAGGGGACAAUAGGUAUUUGAUAGUGAGUAGGAAAAGAUCAGCUCAUGAGUUACUGGAACAUGUAAUUGGUAGUGGUGGGUCAACUAGCAAAUAUGAAGUUAUUCCUCCAGGGAAUGGAGACAAUGACUUCAGGAGGAGGGAAGAUAUUGUUUAUGGACAAGGAAAACAGUAGAUUUUAAUAAUGUUUUGUGACUUUAUUUCCGAGAGUGUAGCUCUAGAUGUUGUAAUCAUGAAACAGAAAACAUGACUCAAAUGGAUUCCUUUAUCAAUGUUUGUAAUCAUAACCAUGAAAACAUGGGUUUACAUUGAUAUUUGAAUGUGAAGUUAAUAAACAAGUCAUUUUGUUGAUGUAACAUUAUACUUAAAUAUUUGUAAUUUUUCAGUUUUGUCUACUGUUGUAUUUAUUUUGAAACAUUACCCAUGUCGUUAUUGAAGAAUGAAUAAUAGUCACAUGAAUUGUAGGAAUGGAUCAUAAUAACACGAAUUGUUAUUAUAUAUUAAACCAGUCCGGGAACUUUUUGAUUGCACCUCGUGUAGUUUACUUUGUAUUGUAAAUGUAUAUGAUUAUUAUCUUAGUGACCUUUUGCUUUAGUCAUGUUAAGUGUCGUUACAAGAUUGAAUCUAUGAAAAUAUAAAAUACUACAUUAUAAAUUUUGAAUGAUUUGUAACUUAAUGAAUAAUCCAUUUUUUAAAUGUUGAAUCCAAUUAUCUUUAACAUUAGAGCUGUUAUAUUAAUAUUUCAAUUUAUCAUUAUGUUACUGGUAGUUCAUAUUUCUACCUAACAAAGAGACACAGAGGAAGCUAUUAUUUUUACAAAUUAUAAAGUUCACUAUCUUUCUAAAAAAUGACCUUUAACAUAGGUCAAUUUUAAAAAAAAGGCCUGCUGAUGACCCAACAGAACUUAAUCCUGACAUGUUCUAGCAUCUUUACACAUAAACCUGAUUUAAAAAAAUAUAGCGGUAAUCUUCAAAGCAACUUAACAAUAAGGCAAUCCAAUCCGCUUAUAAGACGACCUCCAAACCUUGCCCAUAAAAUCUGGUACUUUUUGUUUCGACUUGUUUAUAAGAUCAUGAUGGGGUCAAUUUUUAAGCAAAUCUAAGAAAAAAAUCUUAUUUUUAUUAGGCAAUUUUUUUCUUGAAAAGAACUAUAUAUUAUAUUGUAAAGCACAUCUAUACAAUCAUUAUAAGCAUCACUAGUCUUGUUAAAAGCCCAAACCACUUCAUUUUUAACUUUCAUAAUAAAAGAAAAAAAAUUCAAACUAGUUUGUUUAAAAAUAUUUCUCAAGGUUUAGGGUCAGGGCUAAAGAAUAGAUUAGGUUGAGAAUCGGGGGCAAACAGUUAUUUUUCUUUCGCCUUACGGUACUGGAUAUGUAUUUUUUUGCUCCAUGUAUGAUAACGUUUCAAAUAUAAUAUGAAACAAUGAAUGUGUGUAUACAUGUCUGUAAACAGUGCUUAAUGUAGUUUGUGUUUAUAGAUUUACAGUUAUUCCAAAAACAAAGUUGUUAUGAAAUUGCAGAACCAACAGCAAUAAUAACUUUUUUCAGUUUCUCAGUCAAGUUUGUCAUUGAUAAAGUCAAAUUUUGUUAAAAAAUUAUUCACAAGAAAUAUAUAUAGCUUUGUAGUGAAAUAGAAAUGAAAUAAUUGUAUAAGAUAAUUGUAUAAGAUAAUCUUUUAAUAAGAGUUUUUCAAAAAUUUAUCAAAUCAUUAAAAAUAUGUCAGGUCUGUUGCUCUAAUAAAAUACAGGCAUAUACUUCAAAUGUCAAAUUACGGUAUAAGGAUUGUUUAAGCAACUUUAUAUCCUUGAAAAACUUCUUUUUGAUCUGAAACUUCAUUUAUAUCUACAAACAUAUUGGCAGUGAAGGUAUCAUUUUCUGUAGAUUUGAGUGAUAGUAAACCAUUGACUUUUUUUAUUUCGAAAUGCUUUCCCAUGAUUACCAUUUCAUUUUCCUGUCUUAUUCUUGUGAUGUAGACAUUUAAUACUUAAAUACACUUGAAAUGUUAUUUAGAAUGAGCCUAUAACUUCUUUUGACAUCAUAUCAUUAUUUUUUCUCAUUAUGAAUUGAUUUGUCUGGAAACUAUUGAUCAAUACUAUAAAUUGACUUGUGUAUAUACUUAAGAAACAAUAUAAGCAAGUUGUUUUGAAAUAAAUUUGUUGGUGCAG